AUGUAUCGGAAGUGCCUCGUACUUUUGUUCGUAGUAAGAAUAUAUGGUAUAUACCCAUACUUUGAUACACAAGACUUUAUAUAUAAUAUUCCAAAGGUGUAUAGAAUAUCACUUACAUUGGACAAAUUACUCGAAUAUUAUGAGAGAAAACCGUCAAAGGAUCCAGAAUGGUAUAUCGCACUUGGGUCUGCUCGAGGUCAAUUGGAAUACACGAUAAACGAAUUGGAUAAGUCCGUUCCGGGAAAAUUGAAGGAAAACCUGAAAAAUAUCACGAGAAAAAUGGACCGUGUGCAAAAUCAAACUGAUUUUAGUUCCCUAGUUUACAGGAGCAAGGAUUAUGAAUAUGUUGCCAAAGCAAUAUACGAAAACCUCGAUGUUCUUUCUUCGGUAAUGGAGCCUUUGACUAUUGGAACUAUGGGUACGCAGAAGCCAUUUCGAUUUAACUUUGAACAAUACGUUCAAGAAGCUAGAACUAAAAUGCCAAGCAGGAAAGCAGCUGAUGCCUGUACGAUGCAAUUAUUAAUAUCCGCGAUGGAGACACAAACAACACAAUCUGAGGGCGCCUGUGAGCUGACGACGGAAUGUCAAAUCCAAAUAAUGCAAGGAUCGGCGUUAGCUUUCCAACAAACGAGUAGGGUGAGAGCCAUGGCUCUAGCACGAAUGUUUGAAUGCAUGGAGGGAGUUGACAUAUCAGCAAAUAUCUAUAAGUUAUGUAUUCAAAUAUAUAAAGAAACUAAGUCGCUGGAAGCAUGGGAUCACCCUCCAGGGACGAGGACUCUGUUUAUGCAACAAAUUCUAUACUGCGCAUCACAAGGUUAUGGAGAAUUCAUAAAACCUCGAUGGAUGAAUAAAAUAAUGUCCUGGCAAGAACCUCGGGGUUGCUUCGCUGACGAACGCCAACCAUUUCUACGACUUACUGGUUUCGUAGAUGCCACAACUAAGUCCUCAAAAAAGGACAGAGAAGAGGAAUAUCGUAUUAAAAAGGCAGCGACGUCAGUAGGAGGCACCUGCAACUCCUUGACAUCAGCGAUGGCCCUUGGAUCCCUCGUGAUGUAUAUAAGAGCCUUAUUGGAGACAGAUCAAGCGUUUCAAUAUGACAUACUAGAUUAG